AUGGAGCAUAACGAGUUCAAGUCCGUCAUCUACAAAACGUCAUCAGAUGGGAAAGUAGCGUACAUUGUCCUCAAUCGGCCAAAGCACUUCAACGCAAUCGACCAGAAUAUUCCGGCUGAACUACGAGCCGCCCUUCAGCUAGCCAACUUGGACUCAAGGGCACAUUGCAUCGUCAUCAAAGGAGAUGGGCCCAGAUUCUGCGGGGGCUAUGACUUGGGCAUUUAUGCCGAACAUGGCCAACGUGGUCAAACCGAAGGUAGUCAGGACCUAAGCAAAGGCUACGACGCCUUUCAAGACUACUUGACCAUGGGCGAAGCCACCGACUGUCACUCAGAGCUAUUCCGGAGCCACAAACCCACCAUAGCGCAAGUUCACGGGGCAGCUGUCGCAGGGGGGGAGUGA